AUGGGCAUCACCAAAACCCUCAAGACCAAGCUCGCCCAGCAGCAGGGCUAUCAGCCACUCGACAAUGCCAGCCAGCAAGAGGUCCAGCAGCAGCCGCAGCGACGAGUCUCGUUGCAAGCCACCACCCUGGCAGAGAAGCACCAGAUGGGCAUUCUCAAAGGCGCCUUCAUGGUCUUCCUCCUGGGCCUUGUCUUCUGGUCGAGCCUAGCCAACAUCACCGUCAGCGCGCUGAUGCGGGAGUGGCCCAACGAGACCGGUAACCCGCGUGUGUCGCCCGUGCUUAACAUCGGCGUCAGCGUGCUGGGCGUCCUCACCGCCUUCAUGGGCGCCCUCUGGAUGUGGAGGCGCCAGUCCUGCGCCAUCUUCCUCGCUUUCCUCACGUUCGCGCUCUUGACGACCCUCUACUUGAUCAGCUCGGGCGUCCUCCUGGGCUACACCUUCUCGGGCAAGCUGAGGGACUGCCCCCACGAGUACAGCGUCUACGCCUACCACUCGUUCCACCACGGCUGGACCUUCACCUGCGAGAAGUUCAACGUCGGCAUGUACACCCUGGCCGUGUCGUCGCUGGCCUUUGACGUCAUCGGCUGCCAGGCGCUCGUUCUGCUCUUGGUCCUGGCCCUCUGCCAUCAGAUCCCCUACGCCAUCGCGCUCCUAGAGGAGAAGAACAAGGCCCAGCGUGGCUACAUCAUCGUCGACGUGGAGUCCGCCUCCGCCUAA